GCCUAGUAUGAGCAAUGCGUUCAGCGCGUGUUGUCUUGGUCGGCGUCGUGGGUUUCUCCAGCCAACGGAGGAAAUGCCGGUACGGAAUAUCUUGCUGUCUGCAUUGCGAUUCUUUGGGAUGAGGAGCGCGAUUUGUUUCCGAGUGUCAUUCCGUCACUAGAUGCUCGGGCGUUAUUUCCUUUUUGGCAGUCAGAGUCUAGCAGUACCUACGUCGCGUUGGCUUUCAGCGACAGUCCAGACACAUUGGAGAGGACCAGUAUAUCCAAUGGCGCGGUCGGAUGUUUUGUGUCUGUCGACGCCUUGUACGAGCAACGCGUUCACCGCAUGUUGUCUUGGUCGGCGUCGUGGGUUUCUCCAGCCAACGGAGGAAAUGCCGGUACGGAAUAUCUUGCUGUCUGCAUUGCGAUUCUUUGGGAUGAGGAGCGCGAUUUGUUUCCGAUGAUCACUGCGUCACUAGAUGCUCAGGCACUGUUUUUUUUUAGCAGUCAGAGACUAGCAGUACCUACGUCGCGUUGGCUUAGAAGGACAGUGUAGAUGCAGUGGAGUUCGCCAAUAUAUGCGAAGGCGCGGUCGAAUAUUUUUGUGGCUGUGGACGCCUAGUAUGAACAACGCGUUUUCCUCAUGUUUUCUCGGUCGUUGUCGUGGGUUUCGCCAGCCAACGGGACCGAAGGGAGUACGGGAUUUCGCGCUGGUUCUAGAGGUGAUAUUUUGAGUACAUGGUGGGGCUCCGCAAGCAUACCGUGAGAUGGGACAUCCCAUGAGGGUUGGUCGUCAGCAUCUGCCAUUUUUGCUCGAUAUCUGUUGAGAGUGGUCUGAACGUUGUGGUAUUCACUGACGUGUCUGAAGGGGCGCUCUGGUACUGCUGUGGUCACGGGGGAAGGGCGGGGUUCCGUCUGCAUUGUGUUCAUCGCUAGUCGUCUGAUUUGGCAUCGCGUCUCUCGUCAGCCGUCGAGAGUAGGCGACGUUGAUGCAGGUUACUGCUGUGAAGUUUAUGGUGAGGGAGUGCGGAUUUACUUGGCAAAGGCUUCCGUAUGAGGUGAUGCAUGCUUGUUAGUAGGCAGCGGCCAUCAGUGAUGGUCUUUCGUCAUUUUCGCAGAAAUGUCUAGAUACUGCGAUUUGCACUUGUGUUUCUAAAGAGACGCGCUGAUGUCGGUGUAUUCACGGGGGGGCUGUUUCAUAUAAUCGCUAAUGGCAAGUCGUCUAUGUUGGUAGCACGGGUUUCGUCACUCGUCGGCAGUAGGAGACACUCCGGCAAUGUUCCACGGGCGAUCUCCAAAAUGAAGCACCACCAGUCUUACGCCCAUUGUUGUCGUGCCACGGGAAGAAGCACGCCUGUUUGUAGGCAGCGAGUAGCAGUAUUUGUCUUAUGUUGUACUCGAAUAAAUUCAAGAUAUAAGUUCCGAAGUUGAUAUGGCCUUGAAGGAGUAGCAUCGUCACCGUCUUUGUUCCGUAGCCUGUAUAUGGUGGUGGCGAUUUUUGGCAGCGUAUUGAGGUACGUUCUGGUGGUGUUGGCGUCACUGAUGCUGCUCAACAAGAGGGGUUCCGAAUCUGCAAGUAUGCUGUGUCCAAUAUCAAAGAUUACGUUUAGUGUGUGAUUGGAGGUGUCGACAGCCCCCACAUGUGUUUCAUAAUGCCCGACUGAGUCGGGGUCUCUCAUUUGCAAUGUCGUAUACACGUGUUCGCAGACAGCAACGAGAAGAUCGUCGUCUUCGCAGAACUGCGACCAUUGAGUGGCCCUUACGACUGUAUCGGAGUAGCUCAUGAGGACGAUCUCCUGCUCAACCUCCUUGUUGUCCUUGUGGGUUUUUCCCAUUCGUUGCGUAUUCGGUCGUCCCGGCUCGUCACGCACGGGGCAGGUUGGCACGUGCAGGUUGACAGGUGGCAUUGUGUACAUGUGAGGAGGGAGACCUUUUCCGCCAUCGCCGGUCUGGCAGUAGACACUGCGGCUCUACGGAUGAGAAGCAUGUUUCGUGCUUAUCCUAGGCAGGAACCUCGUUACGCAUUAUAUUGUGUUGGUGGCUCCCCUGUUGCCAUUCGUCUAGUGGUUAUCAGCUUGGGCCUCUAUGUUCCUUUUUAGCAGACCUUGUACAUCCUCGAACUUACCCGUAUCCUAGCCGUGGCGGGUUGGCUGAUGACGUGUAUCGCUUCCAGCAUGUCGGAAAUGGCUAGUCAUGUUGCUGCACUUCUAUUGUACAUCAUCCUUUAGGAAUUGUCAGAAGCGCACAGGCAUUGUGUCUCCUCUGCAGCAUGGCCUCUAUAUUUUGCUAGUGGGCGGAAGGCACAGUAUGCUGCACAUUCUCCAAAGGAGGGGUUGUUCGUACAAGUGCUUCUCUGGGUGUCUUGCCGGUGGGCGGACACUUAGGUACGGUCCUGUGACGCGGAGAUACGCGGGAGUGAGUAUAUGAUUGCGGUGUUGUGGGAAUGUCAUAUGCACUCGAUGUCUUUUUUGAGGCAGAUACCACGCCACCAUUAACAGCGCCACGUGUGUGGCAUUUGAUGGUGCGUGGCCACGACCUCGGGCGUCUCCGUCAACGCCAGGUGGUACGUGUAGCGCUGACAUACGUCACAGGUGGUACGGAGCGAUGGUGGAACGAGGCAGUACUUCGUCGCCAGUAUGCGGGAGCGGCGUUUGUUGUCAUAGUGUUUCAGAUGCAGCGGGAUUGUUCGACUGGGGGCGCCACUCGUUGCUCUUUUUAUUUCGUGUUUAGCCUCCGACUGACUAGCUGGUGCGUCGUUCACCUCUUCUGUAUCGGCCGUGGCGGCGCGUCACUUGUGGGGCAGUGUGGUACGUGCAGCAUGAUACUCGUUUUUGGGUAUGUGCAUGAACGGAAACAUUCUUGUUAUUUUCGCGUUAGCAGUUAACACAGUGAUUAUGGACGAAGCUCGUCUCGAGGGAAAAGGAAAACUGUACAGGGACAGGAAUCGUAGUCGCUUCCCUUGAAUUCUGCUGCAAUUCAUAUGAGUAUUCCUGCUUGUGUGCACCAUCUAUGAUGUGGAGUCACUUGUUGGAGGCUGUCGAACGGAUGCGUCCAUCCUGACGAGACAGGCAGUGGCAUGGCGCUAAGGAAGGCUAGAUGGGCUCUUCGGUACAACAACGGAAUUUGCUGUACCGUCUCGCCUCGAUGGGUUUUGCGAAGGACCUUGUGCGAUGCGAGGAGCCACGACCACGUGUGGUUGAAUGGUGUGUGCCUGUCAGUCGGUAUCUGCAUCGAUGUCAUAUGUUUUGCAGCACAGUGAAACACGUUUCUAGACACAAGGGUCGAGGGACGGAGGAGGCGGCACGCCCACGCAAACAGCUCUCGACUAGUGUUCUAUCGUUUCAGACGCAGUCGGUGUGUCGACAAUGUGACCGCUUUUGUUUUCGUGUCGUUAUUUCCUUUUCAGGCUGAGCAGUUAGGUAUACAGCCAACAGAAGUAGGCACUCUUCACUGCAGUUGUGCGGCUUCGUCUUUGAUCGGGGCCGUCAAGUUGGUUCAGAUCUACUGAGCGCAAAGUUCACGCAUUAGCGAUGGCCGCACGAGCAUCUGUCCGUCGAUUGAGCUAGCGGUAGAUUUCCUCGGAGAUCCGGCAACGCAGGUCAUGGCGUCUGAUGGGAAGGGUCGGUAACUUGUGGCGUGAACUGAUGGAAUGUGUGGAACCGACGUGCCCUCCAUGCUGAGGAGAGAGGCAGUGGCAUGGCGCUAAGGAAGGCUAGAUGGGCUCUUCGGGGCAACAACGGAAUUUGUUGUACCGUCUGGCCUCGAUGAGAUUUGUGAAGGAGGAGUUGGUGCGAUGCGAGGAGCCACGCCCACGUGUGGUUAGAUGGUAAACACUCGCUGGCUCCCUGUGGUGAGUCGUUUAUUUGUUGGAAGUGACACCUCGACCCUAUGAACGAGGCGUGUAUAUCGAGUUUAUUCUUUUCAGCAGCCAUGUUAGGUGUCAUAUUGUGUUGGUAGCUCCACUGUUGCCGCACGUGUCGUGGUUGUCAGCUUCAGCCUCAGUGAUCUUCAUUCGCAGACCUUGUUCAUCAUCGAAGCUACUCGGAGACUCGCCCUGGAGCGAGUUGGUUGGUGAUAUGCGGGAUUAUCAGCUAACUAGAGACGUCUGGUUAAGUUGCUGCAGGGGCCAUCACGGGGAAGAAAGCUCAUCCAUGGCAGUGUCUUCCUGCAAGACUGCACGAGUGUGAUAAAUGACACCGGCGGACAGCUGGAGCAGUCCGUUCUUCUUAGUGAGGAAGCGUGGUUGCUCAUGGCAUUGCCGGUUCGUGUAUCUGACUGGUUGGUGGGCGACGCAGUGACGCCUAGACCGACUGUUAAGUGUAGUGUAGCACUACGACUCUUUUAUGCACUGGAUGUGUUUUGCGGACGGGAUGUUACCAUGAGCGGAGCGGCAGAGUUGUGGCAUUGCGUGAUGCGUGGGUACUAUCCCGUGCGUCUGUACCGAGGUCAGGCCUUGUGCAGAGCGGUGAAGUACGCCUCCGCAACCGACAGAGUGUUGUGGAACAAGGCAGGGGUCCGUCGCCCGCACGGCGGGACGGUGUUCCCACUGUGUCAAGCGCAGCUGGUUCUGUCCGCCGUGUUGCCCAUAUGGUUCGUUUGUCGUCUUCGUGUCCGUGUUCAGAAGGAGGCUGUAGGUAGUCACGACCUGGGGGAAGACGAAAUCUGGAAACGUUGCUGAAAUGUAUGCGUGAGGGACCAGUGUGUUGGGAUUUUGGGUUCAGGUGUUCAACUCCAUGCGGUGCAGUGUUCGGAGACGGCGGGGGAGGUCGAUAUGGUGGCCGAGUAGUGGAUUCGGAUGGGUUCCAUGGUAGGGAUAAGGGCAGCAACCAAGAAGAUAGACACACUGCUGCGUCAGCAACGCGUUCAUCUUUGGUUGCCUGCGUGUCUGCUGGUUUCGUCA